AAGAUUCUCUCGGGCAGCACUGUUAAUUGCAGACAGAAUCCUGCACAGGUGUGGGACCCGUUGUGUUAAGAAAAAGAAAAUAGGGUCACUGAGCCUGCCAGCUACCUUGUGUGCUUAAGUAGGUACAGACGCUUUACUAGGCAGAUCUGCCGCUAUGGGGCUCACCAGACUGCGGACAUUUUUCCUGUUGCUGACGCUGUCUUUCGUGUCAGCAGGUCGUAACCGCAUCAUAGGGGGUGAAGUAUGCUCAGAAUCUGAGCAUCCUUGGCUGGUGUUGCUCUAUAACGCCAAUGGGCCCUACUGCUCUGGAAUAUUGCUCAAUAACAACUGGGUGAUCACAGCUGCUCACUGCUAUAUAAGAGGUGAGAUCCAAUUAAGGUUUGGAGUGCACAACAGAGAAAAUCCAAGAGGGGAUGAGCAGUUAAGAGUUGGUGCGGAUAUCGUCUGUUGCCCUGACAAUAACUGCUGUUCGAAUCCCUCCUAUAAAGUCCCUUGUCCCAGAGACUCCGAAUGCACAAAAGCUGAUGACGAUAUCAUGUUGAUCCGGCUGAAUAGCUCUGUUGUUUAUAAUGACUACAUUCGCCCCAUCGCUUUGCCCACUGAGCCUGCCCCUGUGGGAACGACCUGCAAAGUGAUGGGCUGGGGCUCCAUCACGACGCCAGAAGAGACGUACCCCCAUGUUCCAUACUGUGUUGACAUUGAGAUCCUCAACGACGCAGUGUGUGAGGCUGCUUACCCAUGGUGGGAAGGAAGUUGCCACACGUUUUGUGCAGGAGUCCUGGAAGGAGGCAAGGAUUCGUGCCGGGGAGACUCUGGAGGACCUCUUAUCUGUGAUGGCGAACUCCAGGGCAUUGUAUCUUUUGGGGGCUUCCCUUGUGCUGAGCCCCUGGAACCUGGCAUCUAUGCCAAGGUCUUUAGUUAUAAUGCUUGGAUCCAGAAUAUUACUGGAGGAAGCUCUUAAGUAAUAUCACAUUGCUUGCAGGACCAGGGUGCCACCUAUUUGCAAAAGUCUCCUUUUUCUUAUAGCUAUAAAUUUAGACAGAUCUCUUCCUGGGAGCUACCAUCAAACUAAAUGCAAAGUGUAGUUCUGGAUGGCACCAUAUGCCACCUUUAUCUCCUGUUAGGAUAUACCAUAUGUUUACUUACAAGUAAGCCAUGAAUUAAAUUGAAUGAAACACCUGUUCCCUGAUAAAUGAGCACAGGUUUGCGGUCCUACUGUUGCCGGAACAAGAAUUCCCCAGAUACUCUUUUUUUCCCCCUAAGCAUUAUUAUCUUGACUCUCUUGGUUUAUAAGAAUCAUGGUUUUAAUCUGAAUAGCCUUUCUAAAAGCUAAAUAAAGUAAAACAAGGAGACUCUUUAA